AUGGCUGCCCCCAUUUCCGCUUUAUGUCGUCACCUUCGUUCUCGCCUGCCCACCGGAUUCUACGGAGGCGCCUUCCUGGGCAGGCUGCUCUUGGCUGAGCCACCCUUCCGGCUGGGAGAACGGCGGAUGAUCUUCCUGUAUGCCGUACUAUGUGUGGGACUGCAACUUGUCUUCUGGCUGGUCCCGAACAUCAUUGUCGAGGCAGUGGCCAUCUGCAUUCUAGGGUCCUUUUCUGGGCCGUUCUUUGCCGCUGGUAUUUCGGUCGCCUCGAAGAUAUUCCCGGCGGAUGUUCGGAGUUCAGCAAUUGCAUUUGUCUUCGUGUUUGGCCAGAUGUUCCCAGUAUUGACCGGCAUUCUUUCUGCCCGCACGGGAGUCAAAGUCCUGCAGCCCAUGCUUGUGGCUUUGCUCUGCGCUACAGCCAUUAGCUGGCUUUGCUUCCAAGACCGCCUAAGCCGCGCGACUGAGGAGGUCCUGGGGGUUCCGAGCUUCAAAGGCCGUGUGGAAGGGGUCUGA